AUUAUCAUAUAAAAAGUAUUUCAAAAAAAUUGUAAAUAAUUAGAAUUAAAGUUUUUUUUUAAUUAAAACUAUCAGAUUGUAGUUAAAGGUUUACAUUAAUACCAAUAACUUUAUUUUAUCAGAUAACUAAAAUUAAGACUGAAUAUUAACAUGUCAUUCGAACAGACUGCCUGUGAUGAUCUUAAAGCUUUUGAGAGAAGAUUAACUGAAGUAAUAGCUUCUAUUAAACCAAUAACUAACCGAUGGCGAACCAUUUUAGCCUUUUCAACCAUAUGUGCAUCUAUAGGAGCUUAUUACUGGCUUACAGAUCCCCAAACAGCAAAAGUAUCUUUUGUUCAAUCUUUAUACAAUCAUUUAUUAUUUACCAUGUCAUCAGUUAUGCUAAUGAUUUUACUUUUAACUGGAAUUCACAAAAAAGUAAUAGCUACAACUAUAGUUACAUCUAGAGCUAGACAAGUUCUUGCUGAUUUCAAUAUGUCUUGUGAUGAUUCUGGUAAAUUAAUACUACGACCACGACCACAACAAAAUACUUAAAAAUGUGUUUUUAAUAAUUUUUUUUUUUGUAUUAUUUAUUUCUGUUUAUCUCAUUUAAACAACUAUCUAAAAUAUUGAUUUUUUUUUUGGAACUGUAUAGUAUAAAUGUAUUACAUAAUGAAAUUACUUAUUCA